CGAUUACUGAUUAGUAAUUAUUGCUUGUUAAAAAAAAAAAAAUUGUUAAUUGUAAUUGAGAUAUGAGACGAAAUUAAAUAAAGAAUUAGAAACAAGCUUCUUGUGCAAUGUGUUUUUUUUCCUAAAUAAUAAUUCCAGUUAAAAUUUGUACGUUUUACUUAAAACAUUUUUCUCCGUUCCCAUUGUUAAAAAAAUGAGUUCAAUUGAAAGCGUUAUUCAGAGUGGCUAUUUUAACGAUACACUGAGAGAAUGGCAAUGUCAAAAUACGUAUAUUACAUCGUCAAAUUUGAUGUAUCCGAUUUUUAUUUUAGACGAUGAGGAUAUUAAAGAAGAAAUAAAGUCUAUGCCUGGAAUUUUUCGCCAAGGGUUAAAACACUUAAAAGCGUCAUUAGACCCGGUGGUGGAAUCUGGACUUAAAUCUCUAUUGAUCUUUGGAGUAAUUAAUAGAUUACCUAAAGACGAGCACGGAACACACGCAGAUUCCCCUGAAAAUCCGGUCAUACAAGCUUUGCCUUUAUUAAAACAAUGGUAUCCAAACUUAACAAUAGCAUGCGAUGUAUGUCUCUGUUCUUAUACUACCUACGGACACUGUGGAAUUAUUGAAAACAAAUAUAUUGACAAUGAGAAAAGCAUUAAGCGUUUAGGAGAAAUAGCCUUGUCUUAUGCCAUAGCUGGGGCUGAUAUUGUUGCUCCGUCUUGUAUGAUGGACGGAACUGUGAAAUCAAUAAAACAAAAAUUACUAGAAGGAGGUCUGUUAAGUAGAGUUGCAGUUUUGUCGUACGCUGCCAAAUAUUGUUCAUCGUUUUAUGGACCUUUCAGAGAUGCCGCUAAUUGUGCUCCCAGUUUUAGCAACCGAGCUUCUUAUCAGCUUCCGGUUGGAAGUUCGAGUCUCGCAGAAAGAAUAGUGGAUAGAGAUGUUACAGAAUGCUGUGAUAUGUUAAUGGUUAAGCCGGCAAUGAUGUAUUUAGAUAUUGUUUCAAAAAUCAAAAACAAAUAUCCCAACAGACCUUUGUUUGUGUAUCAGGUAUCAGGAGAGUAUGCGAUGAUCCAUCAUGCUGUUCAAGCAGGUGUUUACACUCUGAAAAACGGGUUGUUAGAAAUAUUAAAGAGUAUGAGACGAGCAGGAGCCGAUGUAGUUGUAUCUUACUACACUCCGGAAAUAUUGGCAUGGUUAAAACACAGUUCUCCUUUGUAGUUAUCAUGCGAUACCAAAUACAAAGUAUUGAGUUUUUGUUUAUUAUAUACUUGUAAUAGAAAUAUUAUAAAGAUUAAAACAUUAUUUUCUUAAAAUUUUUAUAUUGUGGUCUUUAUGGUCUAAAUAAUAAAAAAAAACUUGUACUUGUUACAAUUUAAUUUUUAUAAUCUAAAUGUUAAUAUAUAUUAUAAAUAAAA